AUGAAACGCUUUUUUGCUUCCAACAGCGAAACCACUGCAGCUGCACUCACUAACGAUGCCGAUGAUGAUGAUGAAUCCACUCUCUCCGCAAGCCAAGAUGCUUACUCUGAUGAUGGUGGAGCAACCGCAGUGAUGAAACAUCCUCUCUCCUCCUCAACCACAACUACCAACAACAUACCGCAUCAAAAUCACUCACAAAACAACAUACCACAUUCAGAGUCAGUUUCUUCAUUACCUCCUCCACAUCAUUCCAAUAACAAUUCAUCCCAUCAACGACAAUCAUCAGACCUACAAGGAAUCGAUGAAUUGCGGCCUUCAAGAAGUGAAAAUAACAUUUCAUCAUCAAACCAUUUCACUUCCGUUCAAGAUUCCUCUGGCAUGAACACAAGCAUUCUCAGUUCAUCCAUCAUUAACAAUUAUUAUGGAUCACAUUUAAACUUGACCUCCAAUAGCAAUCUUGUUUCCAACAAUAAUAACAAUAAUCAACAAGAUAUGAAAAUGUCCAAAGUACAACUCAAUCCAACACUUCUUCCAGGUGAAGAAAUUAUAGACAAGGACACUCUUGUCUAUGAAUGGAACGGCCAUACAGCUCCAUCCCGAAUUGCUUGGCAUCAAGGUGUUUUAUUCCUCACCAAUUAUAGAAUUAUUUUCAAGCCUUCCACCACAUCCACCUAUGAUGAUAUUCCACAACAGUUUGAAGGAAGCGAUGUCCCAUUAUGUACCAUUCAUAAAUUAGAAAAGGUUGGAGGAAAGACAAAUUCAACAAAAGAUUUCAGCUACUUGAUUGAAAUUUGGACCAAAUCAUUCCAACAUAUUCGUUUUGCUUUUGUGCCAUCAAGAGGAACCAGAGGACGUGUCUUUAAGUAUAUCCGAGCUGAUUUAUCACCUUUUGAAUUCUUUGCUUUCAAGUACAAGUUAAAUGUGAAUCCGAAUUCGACCAAUAGUGCCAUGGCUAAUAGUACCACCAAUCCUGCCAACAACAAUGGAAGCAAUCCUUCACAGAUUGCAUCAUCGUCAUCAAAUGACACUUUAUCAAGCAUUCCAUCUUCCCUCUCCACUAACAACACCAACACUUUUAUCAACGGUUGGCAAGUUUAUGAUCUCGUGAAAGAGUUUACUCGGCAAGGCGUAUUUGUCAGCACCAUUGCGACCAACGCUAGUUUGGCACACAGACAAAUCAAAACUCCUCCAUCCAAUGUCAAACAACCACAUUGGAGAAUUUGUUCAUUGAACCAAGGUUACAAGAUUUGUGAUACAUAUCCCUCUCAAUUCUUGGUGCCUUGCAAUCUUUCUGAUGAAGAAGUCAAAGCUGCUGCAGAGUUUAGAUCAAGAGGAAGAAUUCCAGUAUUGAGCUGGUAUGAUCCAGAGAGCCAAUUAUCCUUGACAAGAAGCGCCCAACCCAUGAUUGGUUUGAAUAUUACAGGCAAGAUUACUAAAAAACAUAUUGGUGAUUACAGAACGAUUGAGUCCAUCAUGCAAGCUAGCGACAAGACGCAGCAACGUUUAAUGAUUGUGGAUUUACGUCCAAGAGCAAAUGCAGAGGCCAAUCGUGUCAUUAAGGGAGCAGGAUAUGAGAAAAAUUACAAGAAUUGCGAACUGCGUUUCAUGAACAUUGAGAAUAUUCACGUUGUGAGAAACUCAUUCGCUCGACUUGCUGACAUUUGCCACGACUUUGGAGGAGUAGAGCUGAACUGGUAUAGCAAGGUGGAGAGCACUUUGUGGCUUGAACAUCUUCGAUCUAUUUUAAUGGCAGCUCAUUUUUGUGUUGAUGUGUUCUUUAGAGAACGUACUUCCAUUCUCACUCAUUGCAGCGAUGGAUGGGAUCGUACUAGUCAAGUGGUUUGUCUCUUCCAAAUUAUGGUAGAUCCAUACUGUAGAACCAUUGAAGGAUUUGCAGUUUUGAUUGAAAAAGAAUGGUGCUCAUUUGGCCAUCAAUUCCAAAAGAGAGUUGGACAUGGCAGUCGACAAACUUUCUUCACAGACGAACGUGGCCCAAUUUUCGUUCAAUUUGUUGAUUGUGUUUAUCAAAUGAUGCGUCAACACCCAACUGCAUUCGAAUUCAACGAGCUUUUCCUAAUUUUCUUGUUGGAUAACUUGUAUUCUUGUAGAUUUGGUACAUUUUUGUUUGAUAAUGAGAAAGAAAGAGCCAGAAAUAAGGUGUUCGAAAAAACUCACUCGAUUUGGACCUACUUACUUAAUCGUAACAUUGUUGCAGAGUAUGAAGGUUGUGGAACCAAUUAUUUGAAUCCUUUCUACGAUCCUGAAAACACAACCUAUACCAUUUAUCCAGAUUUGAGACAUAGCUCUAUUCAAUUGUGGUCAACAUACUGGCUACGAUAUGCAAAGGAUCCAGCAGGUUAUGAAUACUUUGGUUACACCCCACUCCAUACUCUUCAAAUCAGAGCUAAUGAAAUUAUUGCAGAUAUGAACAGAAUGCAAGAAAUUAAGCUUCUUUCAGAGAGUAAGAAUGAAGCCACUGUUCAAACAUUCCAACGCGAAUUUAAAAAUAUGUGGGAGGAAAUUCAAAAACUUAAAAAGAAGAAUGAAGAAUUGGAAGAAAAAUACAAACAUGAUACAGAGGCCCUCAUUGACAUUUGCGAUAAACAAAAGGAGGAACUUUCCCUAUAUUCUAGAACAUCGAGUACUGAUCAAAUUCUAGAGUCUAUCAAGAAGAAGGAAAAGACUCCAGUUAAAGAAAAAGAAGAAUCCACACCCAUUUCGAAUUCUAACCUAGAAACUAACAAAAGCAAUGAAGUAGAGCAAUUGAAAGAAAAGGUUAGUCAACUUCAACUGGAGCUUCUUAACUCCACUAAGCCAGGCACAAGCGUUGCUAAUGGUGGAAAUAACUCUCAAUCAGAGAUUGAGAAGCUCAAAUCAUACAUUACUCAUUUGGAGGAAACUAUUUCUGUGCUGAAAAGUCCCAAACCAAGUAGCCCAUUACCAAGUGCCGGUACUACACACUCUCCUGCAUCCAGUCCUAACAAUCCACAACAAUUUGGAACGGUAAACAAGUUAUGGAGAUCGACUCAGCAAUAA